CCCUCACCUGUGGGUGCUAAUUGCCGAUUUACGUGCGAGUUGGCGUGCGUUCUGCCUUGCUGCAAACAAUGAAACGUGGCCUAAUGGGCUGCCCCAGCCAAUGGUAAACUUGCAGACCCAUCAAUUCUUGAAUAAGUCGCUAUUAAAAACUCCAGUUUCGAAACGAUUCACAUUUUGCAAUAAAAUUCGGUGAUUUUGCGCGCUGUGCCCCAACAUGUCGUGGAAGUCGCAGUCGUGAUUCGGAACCCCCACCAGCAGCAGCAGCUCGAGGUGCACCAAAUCGCAAAGAAGUUUAAAGAAAAUGAAAAGGACGGUGUGUGAGAGUUGCCGGAAGUUGCCAACUUUUUCCAACUCGCUUUAAAGUUUGCCGGAUGUGGCGGUCCGGAAGCGAAGGAAAGUCGCAGGAAAUUGGUGCAUGAACUGUCUUCGCCGAUGACGAAGGUUGCCUCCAGACAAAGCAAUACGUAAAACCUAUUCACCAUGCUGUUUUUUCUCCUCGCGACCAUCCUCCUGUCCCACGCUCAAGCUCACGACGGCCUUACAAGUCCUCACGAACGAGCGAAUAACUCGUUAUUCGUUUCAAAACCGCGACCGAGAAACGACACCUUCAUCGACGACCAAUUCGAUUAUCUCGUGCGCGAUAAAAGGGAUUGGGAUGAGGACAACGCCAGUUACAUCAAUGGGAGUGGUAAUGUGACGUUUUCCGAACAGGAGUUCAUCGACAGCCUUUGGGAACUGAUCGCGCCUAAGAGCUGGACCUGGAUCCUGGUUAUUCUGCACUCUCUCGUUUUUAUCAUCGGGAUUAUUGGGAACAUUCUGGUGUGUGUCGCGGUCUACAGGAACCACACGAUGCGGACUGUCACCAAUUACUUUAUCGUGAACUUGGCCGUUGCCGAUUUUCUUGUUAUUUUGUUCUGUUUGCCGCCGUCCGUCGUCUGGGACGUCACCGUCACGUGGUUCUUCGGCGUCACCAUGUGCAAGAUCGUGCUCUACUUCCAGAGUGUAUCCGUGACGGUGUCGGUAUUAACGUUGACUUUCAUAUCAAUCGAUCGUUGGUACGCCAUCUGCUUCCCUUUGAAGUUCAAAUCUACGACUGGGAGGGCCAAAACUGCGAUCGGCAUUAUCUGGAUUGUGGCUCUGGCCUGUGAUAUCCCGGAAAUGAUCUACGUGACGACAAUACCCACCGUUGAUGAAGUAGACACUGUGCUUUUGACCCAAUGCGCCCCGACUUGGUCCACGGAAACAGACACGAUUUUCUUUAUAUUGAAGAUGGUUCUGUUCUAUUUGAUUCCACUGCUCUUCAUGUCGAUCGCCUAUCUGCAAAUAAUCCGCGUGUUGUGGAAAUCCGGCAACGUUCCGCAUCAAAUAAUGGAUGCGUCUGGGGGCGGCGGUAGGCAGACCAACACGUUCGCCAUGAACAUGAACGCCAGCACCGAAGGCCAACUGCGGUCGCGGCGGAAAGCCGCUAAGAUGCUCGUAGCUGUCGUCGUCAUGUUCGCUUUCUGCUAUUUUCCCGUACAUCUGCUCUCUAUCUUAAGGAAAACCGUCGGCUUGAAAAACACGGACGGCAACCGGGCGUUUUCUUUGAUAUCGCACUGGUUGUGUUACGCCAACAGCGCCGUCAAUCCCAUCAUUUACAACUUCAUGAGCGGCAAAUUCCGAAAAGAAUUCCACCGCGCUUUCGAGCACUGUUGCCAGCGGUCGGGCGGCCAUGGAUUCCAAUUUAGCGCCGUGUAUCGCAAAACGGAAAAGGACUCAGGAAUUGCCUCACGAACCCAUUCGAGGACCGACCUGGAGAUACAGCGUGUGAACGAUUUCGAGCCGAGACAUAACAGGAAAGGGACAAAAACUAGCAUGUUACUAGUGGAGACCUAAAAUAUUUCGCACCAUAUCAAUACGCGGUUGGAGUGCUCACUUUAUUCGAGGACAAUCAGGAGAAAACAGUACACUGUGAUGUAAUUAAAUUUGUGCAGUCGGAAGCGUUUUUAAUGAUUCCGACUGUGCUGCGGCUCACCUUCUGUAUCAAAAUGAGUGUUGUUACUUUUAAAACUCUGACGGGGGAAUAAUAAACGCUGAAACUUGUAAAUUAAUGUUGACCAAGAGAUGUUUCAUGUAGUAGUCGUCAAUAAAUAGUGUUAAGCUACAAA